AUGACUAUGGGAGCCACACUAGUCGUCGCUGCUGCCCAGUCUCGUGGUUUCUUCGACAGCCGCCCUCGGAUGCGCAUACCGGCUUAUUUUCUUGCUUUCGUUUGUGGCUACCUUGGCGGCAAGAUAUCCUACAUUGGCAAAUGUAAACGCAUGUUUCUGGAGUUGGAUAACAGUCGAAUAAAGGAUAUGCUGUUGGGUAAUGCUGGUGGUACCCUGAACGGAUUCUCUGGUCGUGGACCUCUCGGUGAGGGACCAAUUGCCGUACAGACCCCUGUCGAUGAUGGUAAGCAACUCCAACAGCCAAUGACUUACGCCCAAAGGAGGGAAUACUUCCGCAAUCAUGUUGCUCCUAAUGGACCUCCGUAUCGACCAUCAUCACCACCACCAUCACAGGAUCCAGAACAAGCUUAUCGGGAUCCAUAUCUCAAACCGGAAGAUGCUCCGGCUCCCCCGGAUAACAAGGCCGACACGCGUCGCGAUGAUGCGCAAACACCAUAUGCGUACUUUGACCAGGAACGACCACUUAGCUCAUACUUUUCAGAGGAUGCUUAUCGCCCCAGGGAUUAA